UCUGCGCUGCAGACCGGCGUGAAAGCUGUCGAAGUAAAAAGAGGGAGGAGAGGAGCAGGAAGGAAGGCAGGAUAACUGGGAGCAAAGUGGUCACUGUUGUUGGAGAUACUUCGGGAGUUCACAAUGGGGUCUAGAACAGCGUCCAAGUUUGUUGUUUUUCUGUGUCUGCUGCUCCCGUUUAUCCACUCGAACCGGAUUAAUCCAGAAACACCGGAGCUCCAGAAGUCCGCCGUCCCCGGGCUCGGGGUGAAGGAGCACUCACAGAUUGUUGCCCAGCACAAUAGACUGCGCAGCCGAGUCAAACCCAUGGCAGCUAACAUGCAAAAAAUGGAAUGGAAUGAGAAGUUGGCACUACUUGCGAAAGAGAGGGGAUCAUUGUGUCACACAGACUCGCCUCCUCAACACUCCUCAUCUAUCAGACAUGUUGGCUGGAAUGCACAUCUCUCUGCUUAUGGUGUCACAUCAUUUUCUGAUGCCAUUCACUCUUGGUUUGAGGAGAGGAAAGAUUUUCUCUACUUGAGUGGGCAAUGUAGGGAGAACGCCACCUGUCAACACUAUACACAGUUGGUGUGGGCCUCUUCAGGUCAUGUGGGCUGUGCAAGCCAGCUGUGUCUGAGAGAAGGAGACCUCUGGGAGAUGUUUGUCUGUGCAUAUUACCCUGGGGGCAACUGGGAGGUGAAUGGUCAGCUGGUGAUGCCUUAUAAGACGGGUCCAUACUGCUCUCUCUGCACCUCUUCCAUGUCUGGCUGCUUUAGACUGUGGGACCAUGUAGGUGGAUUAUGUGAGAUUCCAAAGAAUCCGUGUCGAAUGAGUUGUGGUCAGCACGGCCAUCUUAACAUCUCAUCCUGCAAGUGCACGUGUGACCUGGGCUUUACCGGACGUUUCUGCCAGGUACGGUGCAGUGUGCAGUGUGUUCACGGUCGUUUCAAAGAAGAAGAAUGCUCUUGCUUGUGUGAUGUUGGCUAUGGUGGUGCUGAGUGUGCAGAGAAAGUGCAGUUUCCCUUCCACAGCUGUGAUGUGAUAAUAGAUGGUGACUGCUUCAUGGUGUCAUCAGAAGCUGACACCUACUAUGGAGCCAAGAGUCACUGUCAGGAACAAGCGGGUAUUCUAGCUCAGAUCCACAAUCAGAAGGUUCAGGACAUCCUUGCGUUUUAUCUCAGUCAGCUGGAGACGAGCAACGAGGUCACCAACUCUGACUUUGAGACACGAAAUUUCUGGAUUGGUUUGACAUAUAAGCCUCUGAAAGGCUCAUUUCGCUGGGACACAGGAGAGAUCCCUAGAUUCAGCAGCUUUGCCUUUGGGCAACCUGACAACCAAGGCUUUGGAAACUGUGUCGAGCUGCAGGCGUCAAGUGCCUUUAACUGGAACGACCAGCGAUGUAAAACGCAGAACCGAUACAUUUGCUUGCAUGCUGCAGAGCACAUAGCCCAGUGGGAGGAUGGCAGGUGACCUGGAUUUUUCAAAGGGGUGAAACUAUGUUUUAUAUGUUGGUUGGGACAAUGGCCACCAAUGUUUUUUUCAAUUAUUGUACACAGAUCCAUGUAGUUUAGAUGUACUGUAUAUACUGUACAUGUUUGAAUGUGUAAUGCAAAUGUAUAAAGGGUUCUACGUUACUUAUAAAACUACAGUAUUUGUUUCACUCGUAUGUUUUAGAAACUCAAGGACGAUUCGUGUUUAGUCUAUGAUGGUAUACUGCUUUUGUAUUUUCAUUUUUUACAGUGUGGUAAAUGCAGUAAAUGUGUGAAGUAAAUCCAGACUAAAUUCCAGCCAGGAUUUAAACCUGAUAUGUCCACAAAACAACAGGGAUGUGUUACCAUUACACACCACAGGUUUUUAGAUGUGUAGGUAUAAAAGUGUAUAGUGUACGUGGUUUGGUUUUGCUUUGUGUGUGUAUAUGGGGUUUUAAAUGUGAAUCAGGUCAGUGAGUGUUUAAUGGGUCCGAGAUACAAGGUCCAACACCAGACUGCCCUCUCAGUGACCAGAAGAGGAUCCUGUUGGAUGGUAGAUAAUGAUACUCUCAGAGGGAAGAAAGGGACAAAGGCUGCAGAGAAUGGGGUCACACCAACAUGCAGAGCUGCAGCAAAAUGGUGCAAAUGAACAAAACAGGGAUGGGGUCUCAGGAUUAAACACCUGGAAGCAAGAGGAGCAAACUAGUACCCUAAUUGUCUUUGAGCUCAACUGAGUUUCCACUUGAACCACACAUUUUAGAUUUUCCCUCUGCAAAUUGACAGAAAAUGAUGCUUAAAGCCAUCCUGAAACAUCUCAUGUCACGUCACAUGCACCUGGCUCACACUGUGUUUACAAAAAACAGGCUUGUAAGGUUUGUUUACUUUUUUUUUUAUAUUAAAAUGUCCUCUAAUCCACCUUUUACGGUCAUCUUAAAGAAAUAGUUAAAACUUUUUGGGGGAAUUACUUUUAUUUAGUUGUUUACUGAGAAUUAGACAGAAGAUCAAUACCACUCUCAUGUCUUUACAGUAAAUAUGGGGCAGCAGCCAGUUAGCACAGCUUAGCAUAACUGAUAGCUGGGUGGAAAAAGCUAGCCAGCUGACAGCUGUUUGACCCUGUUUCCAAUCUUAUGCUAAACUAAACUAAUCAACCUGUGGGUCCAGCCACAUAUUAGUGAGUUGUAACAAUGGCAUGUUGGGAAAUUGUGAGCUAGCUUUACUAGAAAAUGUAAUUGCUGUCAUUAUGAACAAUGUAUGUUCGCACAACGUGUAUUUGUAAUAACUGAGCUACUGAUGGAUCAGAUGAGGUUACAUUUAUUUUAUUUACACUAAAAGGCCUUUUUCAAUGCCACUGGUUAAAACAUGUAUCA